UAAGGAUAGUCCACUGGCCAGAGGAAUCUCCCUCCAAAAAAAUGGGUGGUGUUUCUCAAAGCUCCAUAGCCAUUGUUGGUGCUCUGACUGCCAUCUUCCUGUCUUUGCGACUCAGCGGUGCUGAAACAGUGUAUGCAAAGAAAGGCUCUUCACAGGAGCUUAAGUGUUUAUGUCGAUCAUGCUCUGGGGAAUCAGUGUCCUGGUUGUAUGAUCUGCAAGGCGUGACAACAACCCUCUUCAAACUGCAGAACGCCCACAUAAAACGCUUCGCUGCCUGGGACCGCCUUCAGAUGCUCACAAAUUACUCCCUUCACUUGAGUAAUGUGACAGACAAGGAGACUGGUAGAUAUUGGUGCAGCUGGAAAAGUUACUAUGACCUUGUGGUCGUCACAGGCAAGAAGCAAAUUUUGGAGAGCGCUCAACUGGAUACUGUGUGUUACGUCCUGAGCUGCUCCGUCUCUGUUAAAGAAAUAAUCCACAGUGCUGUGAGUUGGUGGGAGGGCAAAAAGCAACUCCAGGAGGAGGAUAAGAAGGAAAGAUACAGCACCUUCAGUGGGCCCAGGACAACUCAGCUCCAGAUUUGUCUGGCAAAGGAGGUGCCAGGGAAGAAGGCCAAGGAAAGGAACGUGAAGUGUUGCUUUGGUGAGAAGACGGAGAAGAUGGAGAUUGCUUUCAGUUUGUCUGGAAAGGACGGAGAAAUCUGUACUGGUGACAGUUCAAAGCCCUUUCCUGAGGGGGCGGCGCCAGGUUGCUCAACUCCACAGUGCCCAGACAGUGGCGGCCAUGGCUGGGUCCUUCUGGUCGUCUGCGUCACGCUGCAGUUUCUGGUCAUCCUGACGCUGGCUGCAGCGCUGCUGAGACGCAGGUGUCGACGGAGACAUAAAGAUCAUCUUAGGGAGCUUAGCAAAGGUAGGCAUGCAGGUGUUUAUCAGCUCAUGUGCCAGCAUUCAGGUUUCCCUAGGAUCUGAGAGGCGGGGUGUGCUCUGAUUGGUUAGAGCAGGUGAGGCCUGGGCAGAGGUACCAUCAGGGAAGGACUUUGGGGCAAGUGUCCAGGGACCCCCUCAGCAGAAUGAGCAGCAGGGUCCCCCAAAGGCAGCAAGGCUGUCUUACGCAUUGCCGUUUCAAGAGGGACUUGGUGGGAAAGUCACUAACUACAGGGCUCCAGAGGAGACAACUGUCCCAAUGUACCUGGGUCUCUGAGAGGAAGGUAGCAUAGAGGUGCACCUGGGACAACGAAGCCUGGAUCCCUUAAGAGAGUAGUCAAGCAAGUUACAGCAGGUGGAGGAAACAGUUUGGGGGCUCUUGCUUGUUUCAUGCAACAGGAUGGGAUGGAAUGUAUUGAAGGAUGGGGGAGGGGUGCCCAAAUUCCAGGAUUCUCUUGGUCAAAGGAUUUCAUGGGAAAAAGAGCUGCUACAUGCAAAUGGGGGAUUUAAUGGGAAACCUGUUCCUGGACUAUAACAGGUCUGACCUCCCAUGAUGCAGGCCUCACAUUCUGCCAUGGCUCCCCACAGGGAAAAUAUUCCCAGCAUGUAUAAAUUUAACAUCAUGGAGAAAAUCAAACUAGAAUCACACUGCUCCAUGAUAAAGUGUUCUUAUACAUUCAGGGAGCUUUUAAUGCAAUGCAACACUGGGGAUUAAAUCUGUGACUGUCUUGUUUUGACGGGCACCCAGGGUAUUUUGGACAGGGUCAUAUGCACAUAUCUGUGUAAAAUACACCCCUUGGCUAGCCCUGUCAAAAAUCCCAAUGUAAAAGAAAGCUCUGUGCUUGUGUAAAGAGAUGGCUCAUACUUUUCCAUCUCUCUCUUGAGUUUCUGGACAGGGUGGGAAAGGUGCAGGGCACCGAGAAGAAUCAGGUCCAGUAAAACAAAAUUAGAGGAUGACACUGCAAGCAGGGUGGCCAGUUUGCCUUUGGAUGACUUUCAGGGGAGUGUCUCCCCCCCACACUGCCUUUCUGGUCCAGUGUCCAUGGUUGCUGCCUGCCAUGCUUUGACAAUGCCCAGGCAAGGCUUUCCAUUGUGGAUCAUGGCAAGUAUGUGCUUCUGCAAGGGUCUGACAAAGUACCACAACAAAUGAAGAAUUUUUUGCACAUGUUUAAGAGUGCAAAAAAAGAAUUAUGGUAAGCCAGUGGCAGCUGCUCUAAAGAGGCCACUUGGGCACCUUGGAAGGGUUGUCAGUGGCCGUCAGCUUGGAGAUUACAAGGAGUUUCUCUCUGAACAAAAGAAGGGAGGCCCUGUGGCAAGAUGCAGAGGGACUUGUGGACAGCAAGUCCUGCUGUGGAGUUCCUGGAGCAGCUACAGGAGGUCAGAGGGGAAAGAAGGUGGGAACAACCCACAGAGGGUCUGAGUGGGUUGUUUCACGGCUCAUUUGCAAUCCGGGUUGUUAUGCAUACUCACUCAUGUGCUGCUAGUCUGCCUUUGCUGCCAGAAAAGGCUUUUUUUAGUGAAAAGAAACAAGGCUGAAAGAAUGGCACGGAAAAUAUGAGUGGGUUAUAUGUGGAAGAUGUUGGCAAAUGGACUCCUUGUAAAAUUCUGUGAGGAUGUAGGGUGAUUACAUGAUAAAAAUCUUAUCUGUUGACAGCUGCAGAGUUUGGGGAAUUAACAGAGGUGCCCUGCCCAGUGAGGACAAUAAUACAUUUAGCAAAAUGAAUAAGCGCUCUUGGAAUCAUUAAUCAACACAGGAAACUGCCUGAAUCAGACCUUUGGUCCAUCUAGGCCCAGUAUUGACAACGUAACUGGCAAACAGGAAAGACAAUUUGCAGCUCUGCCUGGAGAUGCUGUGGAUGGAUCCCAGGCUUUUCUGCAUGCAAUAAACAUGUGCUGUCUGCGAGCUACUAUCCUUCCUGGUCACAGGAUCCCAAUAAUUUGAUUUAAUCUUUAAAUUUAAGAUUAUUUUGCCCCCCUCUUUUAGGAAUAGAACCCUUUGCAUGCAGGAUUUGUGUUAGCAUGGUAUAAAACACCGACUCUGUGAACCCAAAGUGGACAAAAGUGAGAAACAGGUUUGCUCAUACUGCUGUGU